AUGCGACAGGGGUGUCCGUCCGCCGCCAUCUUGGAAGAGAUCAAGUGCACAACUGGAGGACAGUCCAUUAUAUGGCAUUUAUGUUUUUGUUUUUUGUACAUUGUGCAGCCCAUCACAUUGUGCAAAGUGACUAAGGCAAGGAAGGCCACCACAGAUGUCACACCAACAACAGCACGGCGCAGAGCCCAUGAGCUGCAGGCCCUCCGACAGGUGACAAAUGGAGGGGACACAGGGCUGCAGUUGGCUCGUGAGCUUCGGCUGGUUCCCCGAGACGAGCUGCAGGAUCUGCUGAAGUCAGUUUCCCUGGAUCAGAUCCGGAUUCCUGAUGGCCACUUGUUGGCUGCAAAGGUGGACUUGAACAUGACCUACAGGCAGACAAGGGAAUUAAAGAGGUGGCUGAAGGAGUAUAACAUCACCUUGGAGUCCGAAAGGACAUCUCGACAGAUCACCAAGUCACUCCUUGAAGAGCAUGGCGUGUGGUGUCAACUGCUACCCUUCACAGCUAGAGAUGGUGAUGGUGGCCACACAGUCAAACUCCUCCCAGCAGCUGCGGUCAACUCCCUCAGAGCAACAGUGGAUGCUAUUGUAAGACGGAAUGCUGAAGAAGGGAAGCUUACAUGGCAUGAGGGAGUAAUUCCUGCUGGUGAGCUGUGGAUUAAGAUCCUUGGAGACCAUGGUGGCGGGAGUUUUAAGAUGGCGUUCCAGGUGCUCAACAAGGAGAGUCCAAACUCCAGGACCAACACUGUAGUCUUCAACAUCUUCAAUGCCAAGGACUCCAGGGAGAACCUGGCCACAGGCAUGGGCAGAUUCUCCCAGGAGAUUGAUGAGCUGCAAGGGAGACAAUGUAGGUUACCAGAUGGCAGAGACGUUCAGCUUCGCAUAUUUGCAGCUGCUGACUAUGCCCUACUUUCAAGUUGGUAUGGCAUUUCUGGAGCAUGUGGUAUGUACCUAAUUGAUUUUUGGUCUGUGUUACUUAUUUCCAUAAAAGCUACCUAACAAGUACACUCCAUUUUCUCCCUACUGCAUUAUCAAAUCCCCAUGAGCUUAGGUUGAACUAAACUAAGUUGACAGGAUCAUAAAGCAUUCACUACAAUAUAUGACUGCACAGGAACUUGACCAUGCCUAUGGUGCGAGAGCAGAAAGGAAAUCAUGGUUCUGGAAAAAGAUGAGCGAGGACUGAUGGAUUUCCCUGCACGAGACCUGACCAGGAUGGCCAUUCAGUACGCCAACUUCAUUAGAAAUGGCAGGGGAAGGCUGAAGUUUGCAAAGUACUUCAAAAAUGUGGUGGUCCCGGCCAUGUUGAACAUCCCCCUUGACCAGGUGUGCAUACCAGGUCUCCACCUGAGUCUGGGAAUCUUUCACAAGAUCUACGUCAUGCUUGAGAAGGACCUGCAUGACCUGGACAAGAUCGUGGC